AUGUCAAUAUCUCAAAUUACUAGUGAUUUUGAAGAACCCACGGUCGGUGAAACUUCAACAAAUCUUUUGAGAGAUGAAAGAAUCAUAUUAAAUGUUGGAGGCAUUAAAUAUGAAACAUGUCGUUCUACUUUAACAGCAUAUCCCGAAACAUUACUAGGAACAAUGUUUCAUCAAAGAAAUAGGGAAAUGCUACAUCCAACAAACGGAAAUGAAUACUUUAUAGAUAGGAAUGGUUAUGCGUUCUAUUAUAUUUUAGAAUUUUAUCAUUUAGAACAGGAGUUCAGCUAUUUCCAAAUUCCAUUCACCUCUAAACAUGAUUUAGCAGAGAAAGCAGCAGGAGAAUUGUUGGAUGAUUUUGCUUACGCAAUUGAAGAAUUACUUUGUCUGGCAAUUUCUAAGCUUGUUGAUCGUAUCUCGAUAACAUUUUAUCGUGAUGGUAGUAAAGAUAUUAAGAAAUACCUGGAAAAUAAUUUCUCAAACAUGAUUAUCAAAUUAGAUUUCGGCAAUAACUAUAAAAGUUUGACAUUGUCAAUGAGUCGAUUAUUCACCAGAAAUACUAUCAAGAAACAUUCUAAAAUCGGAAUGUUGACGAGAUCAGAAUAA